CCUGAGUUGAGAUGAAGAAGGGUAGCUACUAGCCAGCACAAAGAUAGAUAGAAAGAGAGAGAGAGAAAGUAGAAUCUAUAAGUUGUAGAAACUCACAUGCAAACCCUUGUACCAUUGCUUAAGGAGCCUUAUUUUUUGGUUGCAAACAGAGGGAGAGAGAAAAGAGGGAGCCUGUUUCGUUCCAAACAGCACUGAAGAAAUGACUAAAGAAGAUGACUUUAAGCUCCUUAAAAUCCAGACUUGUGUUCUCAAAGUGAACAUUCACUGCGAUGGGUGUAAGCAGAAAGUGAAGAAACUCCUUCAGAGAAUUGAAGGAGUUUACCAAGUUCAAAUAGAUGCGGAGCAGCAGAAAGUAACAGUUUCAGGUAGUGUGGAUUCUGCAACUUUGAUCAAGAAACUGGUCAGAGCUGGUAAAUAUGCCGAGCUCUGGUCUCAGAAAACAAAUCAGAAUCAAAAGCAGAAGAAUAACUGCGCCAAGGAUGACAAGAACAAAGGGCAAAAGCAAGGGCUGGUGAAGGGGCUUGAGGCCUUCAAAAAUCAGCAGCAGAAAUUUCCUGCUUUCAGUUCUGAAGAGGAUGAUGACUUUUAUGAUUAUGAUGACGACGAAGACGAUGAAGAUGAAGAGAUGCGCUUUAUCAGAGAGAAAGCCAAUCAACUGCAAUUGCUGAGGCAGCAAGCUGCAGAUGCAAAUAAUGUGAAGAAAGGUAUUGCAGCCAUAUCUGCAGCUUCCAAUAAUGGUAAGAUGAACAAUGCUGGCAAUACCAAUGGUGCGAAGAAAGGAGGACCAAAUACGAAUAUGGCAAUGAAGGAUGGUCCUAAUGGGCUUGAUCAGAAAACCAUGGCAGCUCUGAAGUUAAACAAUGCCCACCUGGGUGGUGAAAGCCUCAAUCUUGGAGAAGCCAAAAGGGCCAAUGACAUUGGUGCGAUGAUGAAUUUAGCUGGGUUUAAUGGUAGUGGUGUUAAUGUUGGUAGCGUCACUGUUCCAGGGGGAAAUUCCAAUGGUUUGGGAGGUUUUGCUGUUCAGUCUAAUAACAUGAUUCCAGGAUCUUCUGCAGCUUUUUCUAAUGGUGGUUUUGCAACAAGCCAAUAUCCAUCAUCUCUGUUGAUGAACAUGAAUGGCAUCAAUAACCAUCCAUCCCCAUCUCCAUUAAUGAUGAACAUGAACAUGCAGGCUAGGCAAGCCAUGCAGCAACAACCCCAGAUGAUGUAUCACAGGUCUCAUUUUAUUCCCCCAAACACUGGCUAUUACUACAAUAAUAAUAGCUACAGCCCUGCAAAUUACUCUUAUUCCUAUGCCUCCUUGCCUAGUUACUACGCAGGGGGCGAUGAUCAUCACUCUGCAGCUCACAUGUUCAGUGAUGACAAUACUAGCAGCAGCUGUUCAAUAAUGUAAUGAUAGAUCGUAGAGCCAAAAAGUGAAAAAAAAAAAGAAGCAAAAAGGAUGGUGUUUGACCUUAAAGUCCCAUUUACCAAGCUAGUAUACUGUUUGACUAUAAUUUGGUGAGGCAUGUGAAUGUGUU